AAAACAGCUUCGCUUUCGGCGAUUAACAUAAGUGCCAUAGUUAAAAGAUAGUAUGCAUAUACCGGACGAUGUUAUUUGUAAAUACUGCCAAGAAGUGUUCUGUUGUGACAAAUGUCGUUAUAAACACGAAUUAGGAGCUCAUGCCAUUAAGAUUCGUCAGUCGGCUGCUGCUUGCGAUGAAGAUCAAAAGUUUCGAGUAGACGAUCAAUUGCAUGACGUUAAAACUAUUUUUAUGUGUUGUCCGAUAUGUGAAAAUCGUCCAUUACCAUUAAAAAGUGAUUUUUGCGAAGAAAUACUGAAUCAUUUGAGGAGCAAACACUUGCCAUUAAAAUGUCAGAAAUGCUCUAAAGUUUACCAAAAGAUUGAUGAUAUGAAGGAGUUUAGUAAAUGCGUUCGCGAUAAAUCAAAUCUUCAGGAAGAAUCCGCAAAUGAGGUGAAUCAAUCGCGAAAUGUAGCUGAAGCUUCUAACCUUGAUCUUGAUCACAAAAAAGUGGGUAAAACAAUUUCCACGCAGACAUCACCGAUGUGGCAAGAACAUUUUUGUGAAAUCGACUCAGGACACAAAUCUGUUACAGGUUUGCGUUAUAAGACAAAAUGUAAGGCCGCAUGUGACGAACUUUUAACCGAUAGUGUAUCAUCCAUUAAAAAUAUUUCCUCAGCAACUAACAGUUCAAUGAAAAAAAGUUCCACUGAUAAGGCGGGUAAAUUGAUACGAUCGACCUCAACGCCAGUUCAGUUGGGAAUUUUAUUUGCUAAACCGAGAGAACAAGCAUUCAACGCAAGCGGUAACGGUCAGGUGUCCAGCAUUCAUAGUAUUGGUUGUGAAUUAGAUAAUAGUCCAGCAUGGCUUCAUACAAAUAAUCAAGCCGUUGAAAAUGUGAAUUGUUAUCGUAAAUGGAGUGGUGUUCGUUCGAAAAUGACAGCUAUAACUCCCCUAAGACAAGUAAUGUCUAAAAGUAUAAAAAAGGCAUUUGUGGAACAUGGUUUCGCAACAGCUGCAGGAGCUUUACAUAGGGACUCGAACUAUCAUCGAAUGAAUACUCCCCACUCUCCGAAUUCAUCCGUUGUCAAAUCUCCCUCUUCAAGGCCGCUCGAUUUACGCUUGUCACCAGCGUUACGACGCUGUCAAAGCGAAACUGAAGAAGUCUUGAAAAACCAAAUAUCUUAUAUUUCGCAGAAUAAAAAUCAUAACGUCUUGUUAUCCUCGCAAAAAGUUACUACAGAAUCUAUUGUUAUUACACGUACAGAAUGCACCGCAACUGCAAUCACUAGUAAAGAUAAGAAUAUAGAAGCUUCUACAGAACCAUGCUCUUCAACCAGUUCUUCCUAUCAGUCCGCUGCUUCCAGCUGCAUGGAAGGUUCAAUAUUUAAAUCAUGUAGCAGCGUAAAGAUCAUAACUGAAACUACAGAACUAAACCAAGUACAAUUUCAGGCCGAUACGAAAAAAAUUCUAAAUUUAGAACCAGAAAAGAGUAUAAAUAAUUAUCCGGAUCGAAAUUGCGAAUUAAAGAAAAGCAUUAAUAAUCAAUUGGUAGCCUUAACUCCCAUUACGCGAAUACCAGGAGCUCUUAUAAAUAAAAAGUUAAUUAAUUUUGAAACUCCUUUGAAGGAUGAGACUGAUUCACCCAAGUCGAUGAACUCUUCAGUUGAGAUGUUCUUUACACCGAAUGCUACACCAGUGCGAAAAAACAGUUAUGAGACACUAGCAGAUUCUGAUAAAGCUUGCAAACGUUUAUUGCCAGAGCUAAAUGAUGCUGCCUCAGCUUCUUUAAAGGGACGUGGGCAAAGUACUGCUUUGCAAGACUAUAACGAUGAAGAAAAAGUGGCAAAGAUUGAAAAACAAACGAAAAAUAAGGCGAAGAAUCAAAAACAGAGCAUUUGGUCGCUAAUGUCAUCAGUAAUACGUUUUCCGUCCUUUAAAGACACUGAUCAGAAUGAAACCUGUGCAGAAACAAAUCCAAAGCCUACCUUAAAAAAAUGUGCUUCAAUAGCAGUAGGUACUAAUGUACAAGCUCUGGAUGGAAGGGACGGCGGGGACAUUCAAUUCACUAAACGUAAGCGCAGCAAUACUAUCGCUAGCCCAACUAAUUAUCCACAAACUCCCCAACGAACUGAUAUAAAAGCGAUUUCACCUACAGAGAAUUUGAAUGGUUCACCUAAGCGAUUCCGUAUUCAAGGUCGAAGGCCUUUAGAUCGUAUGCUUCUUAAUAAAACCUAAAAUAUUGUGCAUUUUUUGAAAUUAUAUU